UUCAUUAAAAUAUAUUUUAAAUUUGAAUAUGAUAAUUUGAUUAAAUAUAAAAUAAGUUUAAUUCAUAAAAAUAAAAAAAAAAUGAGUAUCGUCAGAAGGAAAUUAAUAAUAUAUACACCUAGUUUUAUGAAAUGGUAUGCUCUCUAAUUCUUCGGCAUGUUGUCGACGAUAGUCCCACAAAAAAUGAUCGAUUAAGGUAUUAUUAAUAUCAGUUUCCUUCAAAUUUAACUCGGGAUAAGAACCAAUUAAUUUUCUAACUUCAUUAUUUACACGCUCAAUAACAUCUAUCGAACAGCCACGGAUUUCUACUUCUUCCGGACUUCCCGAUUCCAAUUCUAAAUCUACAUAAACGAAGUAUUAAAAAAAAAAAAAAAAAAAAAAAAAAAAAAAAAAAAAAAAAAAAAAAUUAUUAGAAUUUAUGAAUAUGCAUAGUACUUAUAGGAAACACAGAUCUAUUAUAUAUUAAGCCAAGUACGAUAUAUUAUUAACUUACUCGAUUGAAGUUUGCUUAACAAGGGAUUACUAUAUCUGAUAGCACCAAAAUGGAUAAGAACUUGAGGAAUUCGAUAAUCGGCAAACAUGGUAAUGUAAUCGAUAUCAUUAAAACGACCAUAAUCGUGUCCUUUAAAGCAAGCCCAAAUAUCUCCGAUUAAAAUUUGGGCUCUUUUAUAAAAACUAACUAAAAUAAAAAAUUGUAAAAAAAAUGUAUAUACAUAUAUAUAUAUAUAUAUAUAUGUAUAUAUGUCAUUUUAGUUAUCAAUUAUAAAUAUAUAUUUUAGAGAUCAUCCUCGAAUUCACAUGGUAAUACUUACCCUUAUAUCCUUUGUAAUCUGCUUCAUCUCGAAAAGAAUCAAAAUCAUUGAUAAUAAGUCUUAAUAAUUUCUCUGCCGAGCCUGAGCAGGAUUUUACGCAUUCGACGAAUGUACCUGUAUUAUGAUAACAAUUGUUACUAUUAACGAUAUAACGCAAACAUUUGGAAACUGUACCUUGAUAUUUUUUUAAUAAUACUUGUCCAGCUUGAUGCAGAUUCCUUACUCUUUCAUUUAUAAGAGGAAUAUUGGUAUUAUUAUCAUCACCUCGAAAAAUUACUUCAAGCUCAUUUUGAGUUACUUUCGAAUAGUACUUAGGAUCUAUUAUAGGUUUACCUUCCUGUUAUAUACAUAUCGUGCAUAUAGUAAGUUAUCAAAAAUAAUUUUGCAAAGAAUAAUAAUAAAUAGAAUACAAUAUUAUAAUAAGAUAAAAAAUAAUAUAAACAAUUCUUCUAAUUUUUUAAUUAAGAAUAUAUAAUUAAUAUUAAUUUAACAACAAAAUAUUUGUGAAAGUGUAAGCAAAAAAAAUGUGAAAAAUAUGACAGAAAUAUAUGACAGCUAUAUUCAUUCCAGUAGUAAAUAUUAAAAUGACAUUUGAUAAUUGGAAUAUUAUCUAAAUCCAUUGACAAUAUACAGUAAAAACAGACAGAAUAGACAUUAAAAAUUUAUUCAGUAACAAUAUAAUAUCCUGUAAAUAUAAUCUGAAAAGGCAUAUUAAAUUUUAAUUAAACAUAAUGGUAUGGACUUGCAAUACUACUGAUAUAAUAAGUCUCAAAAAGCCAACAGCUUUAGAUAAAGUAAUUGAGAGUAUUCCCAAACCAAAAGGGGCUAUUCCCAAUUUUGGAUUACCAAAAUGGAAAGUAAUGCCUUUGGAAUCUAAGAUUCCAAUGGUACCUGGGCCAGAAGGUGCCUACAACUUUACACGUCGUAAAAUAGGAAAAAAAUUGUGGACCAGUUCAUCGAAUGCAGAAUUUAAUUUAUAUGACCCAUACUGUCAUGAAAUCAAAUUUACAUACGAUUCUUUGCAUGAUGAGCAUUUGGUACCUUUUUUUUCCAAAGCAAAUAAUAUUAAACAUUUACUAAAAGCUGGAUUAAUUACACGCAACUUGGAAGGAAAAUGUUCUUUAAAGGAUUAUAACAUGUACAGAAAAUAUUUAAGAAAUUUACAUAUUGACAGCAUUAAACGUGAACUAAGAGAAAGGACACGACUUUCUCAUGAAAAACAGAUAUUAGAAUAUGCUGAAGAGCAAGCACAAAAUGAAGUAAAAAAGUAUGACUUUAUAAAUAAAAAGAAAAGCUGCAUAAUAAGAGAAAUAUAUUUUUCUUUUUGUAAUUUUAUAAAUAUUUUUAAUAAUUUUAUUAGAUUAGAGAAAAGAGAGAAAUUAAUAGAGGCACAUAAGAAAAUAUGGAAAGCACGUAAAUUGCAAGAGGAAGAAAAAAUUCAAGAGCAGAAAGAAAAAGCAAGAAAAUUGAAAGAAAGAAUGAAAUUAUUAAAAAUUACGAAACAUGAGGAACAAAUGAUGCGUGCUGCAAAGGCAAAGGCACGUUCCGAAAGUAUAAAACAAAAGCAAAAGUUAGCAGCUGAAAUUGAGCAGCAAAAGAAAAUUCAUACAUUGGUAGAUUGGCGUAAGAAAGAACACAUACGUAAAAAAGCAAGAGAAGCAAGAUUGAAACAUGAUCGAGAACAAAAGAUUAUGGCUAUUGAAGAGAAAUGGAAACUAAGACAUGAAUCGCAAAAAAAAGAUAUUGAGAAAGAACAAUUUCUAUUUGAUUGUAUUAAUAAUCAACGUGCGAUAUUUAUAAAAAAGUAUAAUGAAAAGAUAGAAAAGGAGAAAGAACGAAUGGAUAAACUUUUACAAAAAACGAGAAUAUUUGUAAGGUGUUAUAUGGCACGGCGUUUGCCAAAAGGAAAAGAAAGAAUUUGCUGUAGAAGCUACCAUGGUGAUCAGAAACCUGAAGAUAAAAGUAAUAAGAAAUUGUCAAUCAUAUCUACAACUCCUUUGACGUUGUCAAAAGACAAGGAAACAAAGAAAAGAGAAAAGCUUAUUGAACAUAAGAAAUCAUCAAAGAAUGGAAAAAGAAUAAGGAAGAAGCCUAGAAGAAAAAAGUUAAAUGGGAAAAUAGAUGAAGAACAAGUGCAACCAGAUUUAAUAGAAGAAUAUGAAUUCAUGUUCAACGAUGAUUAUGUAACAAAAACAGAAAAAAAAGAAUCGAAGGAAACAUUAUCUUUACCAGAUGAUAAAUGCAAAUGUCAAAUUAUUAAAGCUUCCAUCAAGUAGUUAAUAACUUAAUAAUAUUGCAAUGAUUAAAUACUGAUAAAAAGUCAAUACAGAAAUUAUUUAUAGAAAUUAUUUAUAGAAAUACAUGAACUUACGUCUACAGCUCUCUUAACCGCAGCACACAAUGCAAAAUAUCCAGUUUGUCCGUUGACCUUCCAUUUAUUAAUAUUUUGUUCCGUCCAAAAUGAAAAAUUUAAUACAUCUAACAAAAAUAUCCAAUCAAUGGCUCUAGGGUCAUCUGGUUUGGGAUGAAAUUCAUGUUGUGAAAAAUUAUUUAUAUGAAUUUUUUGAUUUUUGAUACCUUCUAAAAUCUGUAACGAUAAAUCCUCUUAAUGCUCAAUUAUUAAAGAGAGAGAGAGAGAGAGAGAGAGAGAGAGAGAGAGAGAAGAAAACAAAAUAAGCAAGAUUAGGUAAUAUAUAUAAGUGAUAAAGGAAUGGAACAAAUAGAUGUACAAUAUAUGUACAUAACUUGUUGCUAUUUACUUACCGUGUAAGUGAGAUUUUUCACACCUUCGUCUUCAAUAAAAACAUCUUUCGACAGAGUGGCAAUUAAUUUUGCUGAUUCUCUUGGCAUUAAAACCAUGUUUCAACGAUAAUAGCAAUAACUAUUUAAAUAAAAAUAAAACGUAUUAUGAAAUAUAGAUAAACUUCACUGAAAAUUACAAUAAUAAACGAGAUAGGGAAAAUCUGGCGUGUCAUUGGAGCGUGCGCAUUUGUGUCACGUGAUCGAUGCUCAGUGGCUGUUUAGCAACGAUCAAGUUAUAAACAAAUAUGGCGGCUAAUGUCAAAAUUAGUCACGUUAAACGAUUUAUUUAUUUACAAUGUGCGUGAAAGAAUUAAUAUUUCUUCUAAAAGAGACACCAAAAGUUUAACGCCUAUAUUUUAUAUACAGGGUAAGUAAUUUGUUUUAUUUUUAAAGAAUUUGUGUCCUUCCUAUUAUCUACACGAGAUAAGGUAACCACGAUCUAGUCACGUUGACGCACACAUGGAUGCACAUUGAUUGUUUACAUUGUACGGAAAGCUUACCGUUGGAAUUUUUACUAUUAAAAAAGGAUAUUUUGUAGACGAUGUACGGUAAAUUCUGUUUACUUUUGUUUUACUUGCUGUCAAUUUAAACGAACAAGGUGACAUUUUCGAAGAAAAAAAUAUUUUUGUUAAUUACUUUUUGUUAGGUUAACACACGUUGUCCAUGGUAAACACACAGAAAGAUGUAAAUAUAAUUCAUUUAUUGUAUUGAAAGUAACAUUGAUAUAAAAUGCAACAUUAAAUGAAAGAAUAAUGUUUGUAAGUACAGAGCCAAAGUAUAAAGUGUCAUGUCACUUUAUUCAAUCAAUCAUAACAUUUAAUAAUACAUAAUUUAAACGAUAAAUGUAUUCUGUGUUUAAAUUUUUACAUAAGGACAUGCGUUUCUUAUUUUUACGAUACACUCGAUUGUAGGUAAUACCUAAUUUUGUUAUUAUAGGCAACUAUUUUCUGUAAAGUUUGAGAAGAUUCGAAACUUCAACACUUCAUUUGUAAUUUACAUACGUAAUAGAAAUUAACACGCGAGAAUAAUAACAUGUAGAUCUUAUUUACAUGUAUUUUUAUUGCAAUAGCAAUAACAAUGAAAACUAUUUCCCUUCCGCGUUUACUAUACUACAGUACUUUUAAAAUAUUCGAUGAAAGUAGCUGCAGUUGGUUUUUAAUUUUUUACGAAUAAAAUAUUUCCAAAAGAUUUGAUAUCUCAAUUAAAUUAAGAGUUUUCUGUAAUUACGAUGUAACUUACAAAAUUUGAAGACUAUUACACACAUGUUUCGAAUCCUUGUGUGUGACAAGUCAAAUGGUGAUGUGCUUUGUCGCAUUCAUUCAUUCAAAUAACAUAUGUACAUAAUACCCCCUCAACAUAAAAUGAACAGAUUAAGGCUCCAGCAGGCUAUAGGCUACAUUCUACAAUGUACAAUGCAUUAUGUACUUUGUUAGUUUCCAUUUUCGCGUACAUGUCUGGCUGUGUAAUGUGUGGCAAGCGAUAGCACCAAAAGAUUUCUUGAUGGUCCUAAUUAAUUUGAAUGAUUCAUAGAGUAACUACGCAAUACAAUUAACACAGAAAUUAAGUUGCA